CUCAAAGGUGCUUAUAGGGAUAUUCUUUUUUUGAGGGGUGCUUAUAGGAAUAAGAUGAUUGUGCGUGUGUUCGUAGAAUGAGUGUUUCUGCGUGUAUGUGAACAUUUGUGAUUGUAUUGUGUUGAAAAGAAAGGCACCACAAAUUCGGUUGAAAAUAUCAAUCCCAAAUAUGUUCUUCUUGCAUGUACAGGAAAGAAUUAUGCUACACGUGACGUGAGAGAGAAGUUUCUCUCGAACGCUCCUUUUGUUCCUUCCUUCCUAGCUCGCACCUCCAUGCUUCACUCCCACUCUUCACCACCUCUCCCCGGCCGUCUCCACAAACGAAGCUCCUCCUCGCUGGCCGGCGCGGCACGCAGCUCUGUCGUCUCUCCCUACUCGCCAAUGCCGCUCUCCCUGGCACUGCUCCUCACUCUCACCACCCUCCUCCUCCCGGCCGCAGUGGCCGCCGGCGGCAACGUCCGGCGGCUGCUCCACGAGCCGCUCUUCCCCAUCGAGUGGACCCCGCCCCCGUCGCCGCCCGCUUCGGCUCCGCCCUCGCCGGGCUUCAGCUCCGACCCCUCCACGCCAGCCCCGCCCGACACGGUCGUCACCCCGGCGCCGCCGCAGCCCAGCACCGUCCCCGCCGUGGUGUCGUCCCCUGGAGGCCCCGCCCCGCGCGUCCGCGGCGGCGGAGGCACCCCCAAGGCCGCCAUAGUCGUCGCGUCCGCCGCCGCCGCGGCUUUUCUCGCCCUUUUCGCCUUCGCCGCCGCGUUCCUCCUCACCGGCCGCGUUCCGCGCCACCCGGUCCAGCCACGCGUCCCCGAGCACCCCGGCGGCCAUGCCCACGUCUUCGAGUCGUCGGAGCCCAACGCCGCUGUGGCCGGCCCCUCCACGGCCUCCCACUACCGCAAGGCCCGGCACGAGCGCGCGCGGCGGGGCAUUUGCCACGACGUCGACACCGUCCCGAGCCCGGAGCUCCGCCCGCUCCCGCCGCUGCGGCGGGAGUCCGCCGCGGCGGCGGGCUCGUCCGAGGAGGAGGCGCCGUAUUACACGCCGGGCCAGCACUCCGCGGGGUCCGGCUCCGGCGGCGCCGAGGCCCGCGGGACAUGGACCGAGGCAAGCGCGUCCAGCUCCAGCGCACGCACCACCACGCCCUCGCGCCGCAGCCUCCCCAGUCUCACCAGCGACUUCUUCCCCGCGACCCCGUCCGCCGCCGCCGCCUCUGCUUCCACCACCGCGCCCCCUCCCGCUCCUCCGCCGCAACGGUCCCGCCGCACGCCGCCGGGCACCCGCUUCUCGGCGGGGACUGCCAACCCUCCGCCACCGCAGCCCCAAGCAUUCAGCAACCCAAUAUCCAUGCGCCGGUCACUCAACCCGGUCCGAGCAGAGGAUCCCAGCAUCGCCGUGCGUGCGGCGCCCGCCAUGGCGAUGAUGAAAGAAACUGACGACGGGGGCAGCAUGCGGACGCACGGCAAUGAUGGAGCCCGGCCGAGGCUGAAGCCGCUGCACCGGGAAAAGGGAGUCCGCGGCGGGAGCUCCGAUGCCCCCGACAUGGCCUGGGACCGGCUCAAGUCCAGCUCCUUCCAGUCGGAUGAGGACAUGAUCGAGGUGCUGGCCAUGAACAGUAGGGACACAUCGAGGAAAGGUGGCAUGUCGACGAAGGUUAGGCCGGAGGAGAGGGUCCUCGACCCGGAGAAGGAACAGAGCAUUGCCAUCCUGAUGCGUGCGCUGAAUGUCACGCCUGAUGAGGUCUCGGAUGCACUCUUACAUGGUAAUGGUGAAUGUUUGGGGGCAGAAAUUUUGGAGACUUUAGUAAAGAUGGCUCCUACCAAAGAGGAAGAACUUAAACUGAGGGAUUUUACUGGGGAAUCAUCUAAACUUGGUUCGGUGGAGUGCUUCCUUAAAGCAGUUCUUGAUAUACCUUUCGCCUUCAAACGAAUUGACGCAAUGCUAUACCGAGCAAAUUUUGAGAAUGAAAUAACGUACCUCAGAAAAUGUUUUCAAACAAUUGAGGCAGCUUGUGAUGAUUUGAAAGGCAGCAGAUUGUUCCUCAGAAUACUUGAGGCAGUGCUGAGAGCCGGGAACCGAAUGAAUAUCAACACAAAUUGGAGCGAGCCCAAAGCUUCCAAACUCGACACGCUCCUUAAACUAGCAGACGUCAAAGGCGCCGAUGGCAAAACCACCCUGCUACACUCUGCCGUGCAAGAAAUCGCCCGGUCCGAAGACGAAAAAUCCGAUGAAAUCGCAGAAAACCACAUACAGUUCCGUAAGCAUGGCCUGAAGGUCGUGUCCGGGCUGAGCAGCGAGCUGGGAAGCGUAAAAAAAGCAGCAACAAUGGAUUUCGACGUGCUGCAUGGCUAUGUCUCCAAGCUUGAGACCGGCGUUGGGAAGAUAACAUCGGUGAUUCUGCUCCAGAAUCAAUGCAGGAAGGGGGAGAGGUUUUUCGCCGUGAUGCGCGGUUUUCUCAAGGAAGCUGAGCAGGGGAUCAGACAGGUCAGGGGUGAUGAGAGGAAGGCCAUGGAGAGAGUGAACGAGAUCACCGGUUACUUCCACGGCAACGCGGCGAAAGAGGAGGCGCAUCCUCUGAGGAUAUUCAUGGUGGCGAGGGACUUCGUCGCCAUUCUGGACCGUGUCUGCAGGGAGGUCAGCCAGCAGGACCGGGCGUUCGUCGGGUCCGCGAGGUCUUUCCGUGCAUCGGCAACCACCCCAUCGCCAUUGCUGAGUAUGCAUGGCCAGCACGGAGGAGAUGGCAACUCCGACGAAGCUACCCUCCUCGGUGUACUGGAUGCUCAUUUUUGAAGGAACAAUGUCGCACCAAUAGACGGACAUAUAUACUGCCCAUGAUAGAUGAAGCACAUAUGUAAUUUCCUCUUUUUGAUAAGUUUAAAGUUCAGUGCAAGUCCUGUAGUAUAUUUGUGGAUCGUUGGAAAUCUUCUGUACAAAAUACAUAAUUACCGAGCAGUAGAAUUGUUAGUA